AUGGCCGAGGAAAUUCUGGACAAGGCGCGGGAUCUGGUAGAGGGCCAAAUCGACUUUGAGGGCCAAAGACGCGCCGAGGGCUACGCUACGCUUCUGUUGGCCCUCUCUGCGCUAGUGGCAUUCAACGUCGGCUACUUGUAUCAGGACAUUCAGAAGGCUGUUUAUAUUGGGUUGGGAGGUACGGCUCUCACGUUCCUCGCGGUUGUGCCACCCUGGCCUGUCUACAACAAGAAUCCCGUGAAAUGGCUGCCAGCGGGCUCCGGUUGGCAGUAG